GAGAUUAGGUAGGAUGAGGUGCCAUCCCAAGGCUACUAAACUUCAGUCCAUCCAAACCAUGGCUGCGAUAGUGAUUCAGUGCCAUCAAAGUUGGUCAGCAAUGUUGGGGGACUAUGCCAUAGGAGUCCACAAUGUCAUUCACGCCCCGAGUCUCUCAGCGGAAGCCGCUCUCGUGUAGUGAAUGCACCCGGAGGAAGCUCCGUUGCUCAAAGACAAUUCCGUGCACAUCUUGCCUUGACCGGGGACUUGAGGCUACUUGUGCGCGUGAAAAGGUCAUUGUUCGCAAGAAACAUCAACGCUCCUCAUCAAUUGGCGAUUCAUCCAGCCAUGCAGCCACAGCAACUACAGCAGCCACAGCGACUCUUUCGCUCUCUUCGGAGGUAUCCGGCAGUCCUUUAGCUACAGACUCUCAAGGUGAUGAGUCUUCACCAGAUGCGUCCAAGUCGCAACAUCCCAGUGCCACGAUCCCAGACGAUGCCCCUGUGACGUUGGAAAAUCUGGCGCUGGGACGUCAGAGAAUUCUCAACAUGCAAUCUCCUGCCACGGCAACGGAGGCCGGAACCGCUGAGUCGGCAUGGUUGGCCCCGGAGGUCGACUUCUUUGUUUCUCUGGAACAGGCGAGAGUCUUACUCGAUUAUCAUACCAGUAACUUAGCUUGGAUACACAAUGUGCUGCAUAUGCCUACCUUUGCGGGAGAAUGCGAGACAGCUUUCAGUCAGUAUAGCUUUAAAAGUCGUGCUUGGAUUGCGUUGUUCUAUGCUUUUAUCUGUCACACAGUAUAUCACGGACCAGAGACCCUGCUUGCAGCUGUAAACCUGCUUCCUCAAGGAUCCUCUGUCGAGCACUUCUACACAAAGACUAUAAAAGCGCUACAUGACGCUGACUUCAUGGCUGUACAUUCCGUCCAUGCAACACAAGCGGUUUGUCUCGUCAUCCAGGUCGGACAUAAUUUAGGUCGGAGUGAUUACGUGUUCGUUUUGUUGUCGGCUACAAAUCGUAUUGCCCAGUCCCUCGACUUCAAUCACCUAGGGUCUGACUCGAAACGAUGUCAAGACCCUAUUUCCCGUGAAGUCAAGAAACGAGUAUGGUGGUUCCUAAUCAAGCAAGAUUGGAUGCAGAUCCCUUACGGAAACAUGUUCACGAUAAAUGCUCUCCAUUUCACCACCCCUCCGCCACUAAAUUGUUUCGAAGACCCAAUGCAGAUGUGCGGAGAUAAUGGAAUCAAGGCUCUAGACUCCAACGUGUUGACACAGUCCAGCUGGGCUGGUAUACACAACCAGAUUGCCAUACUUCUUUACAAGACGCACGAUCGGAUGUGCCGCCAUGGGCAUCCCGGGAGUGAUCCAAGAAAGGUUCGGAUGCUUUAUGAUGAGGUACUGGCAGCAAAUGCAGAGCUUCAGCGUUUAUGGAAUAGGCGUCCGGACUUUUAUCGGAUGGAAGCCCCAUUACGCCCGGAGUGGCCUAAUUCCGUGCCGCAUCUCAGAAGGUUGUUUGCUAUAUCGUUUGCCAGGUCGUACUUUGCAAUCCAUAGGCAUUUCCAACUGAAGAGCUUCAGGGACGACGCCUACUCGGUAACAAGGAUCUCAUGUCUCGCUGCUGCAAGGAGUAGCCUUAGAACCUUUAUUGAGUGGCCUGAUGAUGAUGAGUCAUUAGUAUUCAAGAAGAUGUGGACAAACAGCAACAAUUUGGUAGCUGCUGCGGUGGCUUUGCUCUUUGGCGUACUCUUCUCUUCCGAGCAAGCAGAGGGCAUAUUCGAGAAGAUGGAAAUGAGACAACUUUUGACUGACUUCUUGCCUUGUCUCCGCAGGGUAGGUGUCUACAGUUCUGUCGCCAGGAGAGGGGCUGAUCUAAUAUCUGUCAUCCUGGAUUAUGAACGGGCGAUUUCCGAAGGAACCAGAGAUAAGCUAGACAUCGACGAAGUCAUCGGGCACGUCAAAACAAGUGGAGUCAUUGGCAUCGUGCCAUCCUAUACGGAUUGGAGCCCGUCGACUGCCCAAUAUGACUUCAUUAAUAUGGAAAGUUGGAUCGAACUGCCCCAACCAGGAAUAUAGCGUCAAAUAGUUUUACAGGCUUGAACACUUUUACUAUAGAGUCACAAAAAACUCC